UGUGGCUCAGCUGUGAAACUGGGAGCCCCACUAUGGACCUGGAGGAAACUGUUGCUGACUUGUUGUCUAAAAAUGAACAACUCGGGCAGGAAAAUGAUCAGUUGAAGGCGAUGCUGAGUGUAGUCAAAGAAAACAGAGACCUGAGAGCUAGGAUGCAGAGCUUCAACUAUGACACCCUGGAGGAAUUAACAGUUUGCUCACCCAUAGGAAGAAAACCAUCUAGUCUGUGUCAAAACACCUGCGAUGAAAGACAAUUCAGAAAAGACUUGCAACAAACUAAAUUCAAACAUGAACACCGGACCUCAUCCCCGGUCGACUUCAAGUCUUUCAUCCAAAACUCGAUGCACAUAGACGGCAUUGAGUUUCAAAACAACCAGGUUGAUACUCCUCUCGAGGUCAAAGGUUCAGACAGGCUGCUAGGAGAGAUUGCCUACCAACUGGAUAGGAGGAUUCUGUCCCACAUCUUCCAGGGCCACAGGAGGCUUUAUGGUUUCACGCUGCUCAAUAUACCAGAAAAGAUCAUAGAGGUGAGUGCGCACCCGCUGACAGGGAAGGUAGACGAGGGCUAUCGGCUUCAUCUCACUCAGAGGUAUGCUAACCUCAUGGAAAGCCUGCACCAGCUGGGGUAUAAAGCAGCACUUCACCCUGCGUUCACUGAAUUUAUUGUAAACGCUUACGGGAUCCUGAAGGAGAGGCCUGGUGAAAACAGCAACCAGUCAAUGGAUUACAACAAUUCAAACUUUCUCAGGAAGCUGAUAAUGACCACAGCACCGAGGAAGCUUCAGAAGGACCUGCUGCUUGUUCUCACCUGCCUCUGCAACAUGGCGGAGAAGGAUAAGAAGCCUCUCCUUCUCUGGUAGACAUGAUUGUCCAUCCAAAGAGGCAGCAAUUCCGGCAAACUUACUUUGUACACAAAUUGGAAAUAAACAGUGAUAUU